AUGUACAGCAAUAGCAAUCCGAUCGAUGGCCUGCCUUCGAAGGAUAAUCGUAAGCUGACGAAGGAGGAGAAGAAGGCGCUCAAGCAGAAGCAGAAGGAAGAUGAGAAGAGGAAGAAGGAAGAGGAGAAGCGGAAGAAAGAGGAGCUGAAGAAGAAGGCCAAGGAGGAGAAGGAGGCCAAGAAGCGACGAGAGAAGGAGGAGAAGGAGGCCAAGAAGUCAGGCGACCACAGCGCCGUCGAAAAGCGCAAAUCGGUGAAGGACAGCCUCGAUGCGCACACAAUCUCGAGGCAGGGCUCGAACCUCUCCAUGAGCGAUGGAGGCGUCGAAUCGCCACGAGGCGGCCUCGGGUCGUCGCAAUCGAGCGUGGACAAACGUAGCGCGGUCAAUGGGCAGGGGGGCGGCACCCCCAAGCUGACGCGCACCAAGUCGGGCACGAGCGGGGCGCUGGGCAAGGUGCAGGCGAAGAAGGGCCGCAGGCCAGCCAAGUUCAAGGAGAAGGAAUUCCAGAUCAUCUUGGACAACUUGCGGCAGAACAACAAGCAAGACACCGAAUUGGACCUCCAGAAUCACUACCUCGACAAAUGGGCCGCCGAGGACCUGGCCGAGGUGCUCAUGGAGAACCGAACCGUAAAGAUGCUCAAUUUGAGCCACAAUCUCAUCGGCGACGACGGCGUCGUGCACCUCGCCCGUAUGUUGGAGAAGAACAAGACCAUCCACUCGUUCGACAUCUCCUUCAACGGCCUGACGCGCAAGGGCACACGGCACAUGAUCAACUGCCUCAACAACAACGUCUUCAUCACCGAGCUCUUCAUGGAGGAAGAGACCAUCGAGCUCGGGGCGCUGGGCCUGGGCGAUGCACAGCUCGAUGCCAUUACUCCCGGCAUGCGAGAGGAGAUCGAUCAAAUUCUCGAGUCCAACGAGGGCUUCCAGCUGUUGCUGGCGGGCAAGUCGGACCGACUGGAGCUGCCGAUGCGCGAGCAGUGCUACAUCAACACGCACAUCAUCGAUCGGUUCCCGGGGCUGCGGAAGAUCGAUCUCUCCAAGAACCGACUGCGCGAGAUCCCCAAGGAGAUCGGCACGCUCAAGCGGCUCGAAGAGCUGAACCUCCAGGAGAACAACAUCACCAGGAUACCCGUGGAGAUCGGCGAGCUGCCCAGCCUGGAGGUGCUGGACCUGUGCCGCAACUCGCUCGUCGAGAUCCCGCUGGCCAUCGCCAACUUGCCUCGGCUUCGAAGGUUGCUCCUGGCCGCGAACAGGCUCGACAACAUUCCUCGGUUCUCGCUCGGUGGUAUGCAGGCUCUCGAGUUCCUGGAUAUCCGCGACAACCCGCUCUCGCUGAUGAGCUGCAUGGGCUCGCACUUCAAGAGCAUCAUCAACCAAGGCGGCUACGAAACGCUCAAGUUCAUCAAACUCCAGAACGAGGGCUCCGAGGAGGUCUUCCGCAUGAAGCUCAUGUUCGUCGGCAAUGGCAACGUGGGCAAGACCACCCUUAUGGGCAAUUUGGCGAAGACGACCAAGGAGGAGAAGGCCCUGGGCACCACGUCGGGCACCGUCGCGGCCGUCCAGCCGCGCGCCAGGAAGACGAACCUCGCCACCGACGGUAUCGACAUCCGCAUGUGGAACGUCAAGCACCCGAACCAGGACAAGUACAAGGACAAGUCGAUCAACUUUUCGUGCUGGGACUUUGCUGGUCAGGAAGUGUACUACGCCACCCAUGGGUUCUUCCUUUCCACGCGUGCCAUCUACCUCCUCAUCUUCAACCUCCUGGAGUCGGAAGAGGAAUCCCAGAUCGAGUACUGGUUGCAGUCGAUCGGCUCCCGGACAGAGAAUGCACCUGUGAUCCUGGUGGGAACGCACGCCGAGGACAAGGCCUGCACGAAGGAGUACGUGGACCACUACUUCGACUCGAUCAAGCGCAAGUAUGGCAACCUCUUCAAGCUCCAGAUCCAGGCCCACUUCGCCAUCUCCAACGAAACCCAAAAGGGAUUGAUGGAGCUCAAGAACAAGAUCAUGGACCUUGCGCUGGGGCAGCCUUACAUGCCCGACACGAUCCCGCUCGUCUUCCUCAGUCUGGAAGAGAAGAUCGGCGGCGCCCAACAAACGCUCAACCCGCCCCUGCUCCCGUGGUACGACUACAAGCGGAUGGCGCUUGAGGCCAAGAUCCCCGAGGACUCCAUCACAACGGCCACCAAGUUCCUCAACGACUUGGGUUCGCUGCUGUGGUUCAACGACAAGGAGCUGCAGGACGUCGUCAUCGUCGACCCGCAGUGGAUCACCAAGACCUUCGCAACCGUGGUUUCGCUCAAGUUUGGCUUCAUCAAGGAUGGAGUUCUGAACUACUCCGACCUGCCCCAGCUGUGGAAGCCGCCCACUCACCCUACCCACCUCCAUUCCAAGCUGGUGGCCAUGCUGGAGAAGUUCCAGGUCAUGUGCAGACUCAACAUGGAUGGCAGCGACAAGAUCCUCAUCCCGUGUCUCCUGCCCGACCGAACGCCCGAGGAGACGCUUUUCAGUCGGCACUGGCCCGAAUUCGAGAACAUCCCCCAGGCGGGGCGAGUGUACAACUUCGAGUUCGUGCCUCUGGGCUUUUUCUCUCGCCUCAUCGUUCGAUUCCUGGUCUCGCAAUCGUUCAUGCCUUUGCUCUACUGGAAGCAGGGCAUCGUGCUGGCGAAGGAGACGGAGCGCGUCAAGCUCAGCAUCCGCAAGAAUUCUCGGCACAAGACCAUGCCCUGGUGCCUCGAGCUGUGGGUGCGCGGUCCCAAGCCGGCCAGGCACCUCACCCGCCUCGUGCAGAACAUCGACACCCUGGUGCUCGAUUGGCUGCGCGUCAAGUUCGAGGCCACCGUGCCUUGCGUCCACUGCGUCAAAGAGCAAAGCCCCGACCCCUACCAGUUCCCGCUGCCGCUGGUCGAGCAGGCGGUCUCGGCCAACCAGAGCCACGUCAAGUGCCGCGGCAUCAAGGACGUGCUGGUCUCUGCCCUGGCGCCCGACGUGGCGCUCUCGGAGUUCAACGGCGCGCGGGUCGAGUACAAGGACAUCCAGGUCAUCAAGCAGAUCGGCGAGGGAGGCUUCGCCAAGGUCUACAAGGCCGUGUGGAACGGCGAGAUCAUCGCGCUCAAGCAGCUCACGCUCGACACGAGCAGCACGGUGGAGUCGCUGGGCUUCGAGUUUGAAGACGCCGUCAACCCUCUCGACGUGUUCAAGGAGUUCAGGGCCGAAGUCCUUCUCAUGAGUGACAUGGUGCACCCCAACAUUAUGGGCGUUCGCGGUCUGUGCCUGAGCCCGUUCUGCAUGCUCCUCGAGUUCUGUGCGCUCGGGUCGCUCUAUGACUUCAUCCACGACAAGGAGAAAGAGAUGAACUGGGCCGUGGUGCUCAAGCUCGCCAUGGACAUGGCCCAGGGCAUGCGCUUCAUGCACAACUUCCAGCCGGCCCUCAUCCACAGAGAUUUGAAGAGCCCCAACGUCCUGCUGACCAUCCAACAAACGGAUGCCGGGUACCCCUCGCUGGUGGCCAAGGUGGCCGAUUUCGGUCUCUCGCGAUCACUCAUGUUGGCGCCCCAACUGAGUUCCAAGGCCGUCGACAACCCGGUGUGGCUGGCGCCGGAGUUGAUGCGGAAAGAGGGCUACGACGAAAAGGUGGACGUCUACUCCUACGGUGUCAUGCUGUGGGAGCUCGUGGCGCGAGAGGACUUCCUCGGCCACAUCACCUUCCUCUCGGCCAUCGAAGACGCCGUCCUCAACGGCGAGCGACCCAAGAUCCCUGACGACGUCUUCAAGACGUGCCCGGAGUUCGCUUCGCUGAUCGAGCGCUGCUGGGCGGGCACUGCGGCCGAGCGUCCGUCGUUCACCGAGGUGUGCGUGGAGCUGGACAACAUGAUCCACAACCGCCUCCCCGCGACCAAGGCCACGCUGCCCGUCAUGGAGAUCCCCACCAUCACCGAAGCGGAAACGACGGCGGCGCCGAUCGCCGAGCCGGCGCGAGUGACGCACUCGAUGCCCUCGAUGAAGUACCGACAGGCCGCGCGGCCGCUGGCCUCGGUGGUCACGCCACCGGCCAAGAACUCGCUGGCCGCGCUCGACAAGGGCAAGGAGCGCGAGCCGCCCCGAUCCAUCCAGACCAUCAUGCCCAACAAGGCCGGCAAAGUCGUCGACCCGCUUCGACCAGCGCUCGUGGCUGGGCAGCAUGGCCUCCCGCGCGGGCCGCAGCCGACCCUGCCCUCGUCCGCGUUUGCGUCGGCGUCGACCUACAGCUCGGACAUCACCUCUCGCCCGUCAGCCGUCGCCGACGCCGGCACGCCCUCGGCGGCCGCCCCCGAGUCCGAGGCCGAGGCACCCGUGCGGGAGUACGAGGUGCAGGGCAGCACCUACUUCAAGUCGUUGCCGCCGGUGUCGGCCGCGAUCACGACCAUGGUCUUCCUGGCCGGUCGCGUGUGGACCGCCACCGCAGAUGGCAAGGCCCAGAUAUGGGACGCUCGCUCGGGCUCGCUGGUCAAGGAAAUCCAAAUGCACGACAAGUCCGUUACGAAGCUGCUGGUGGUGUCCAACAAGGAGGUCUGGUCGUGCGCCCUGGGCAACUACGUCAAGGUGUGGAGCAGCGAGGGCGAGUACCUGGCCGACGCGCGCACGCAGGACCAGGUCUACUGCCUCAUCGAGAUCCCCGGACCCAGAGGCGACACCAAGGCUCAUUCGCACGUGUGGGGUGGCACGAGGGAGAUCAACAAAAAGUCGACCUCGCGACUGUUCGAGACCGGCUGCAUCCAUGUGUGGGACUCGGUGAACAAGAAGCUGAAGAAGACGUUCAAGCUCAGCCCGCCGCCGCAGCUGCCCGGCCUGCUGACGAUGCCCGUGCCCCUCGCCAUGGUCUACCACUCCAACCACGUCUGGGUGGCCUCCGACCCCAUCAUCCUCUGCUUCGAUCCCUAUACCCAAGUGUGCAAGGGCUAUCUGGACUUCAAGGGCGAGGUGAAGACCAUGAUCACCGUCGGCAAGGAGAUCUGGUCGGGCUCGACGAACACACUCAUCAAAGUCUGGAACCCGCAAGAGAGGGGCGGCGAUUGCGUGGCUACGCUCGAGGGCCACAACGGCGAGGUGGUCAACUUUUGUACAAACGGCACGAGCGUGUGGAGCUGCGGAUGGGACAAACAAAUCUUCUUGUGGGACGUGCAGGCGCACCAGUUCAUGAAGAACCUGUCGCGGGAGCACCAGGACAGCAUCCUGGGCCUGGUCCAGGUGCCCGUGCAGGACGUCGACAUCGUCACCGGCGAGAUACAGCCGCACACGUACGUGUGGAGCGGCGGAAAGGACUGUACUGUGUGCAUCUGGAAGUGA